AUGGUUGGCCUCACCACCUCUAAUGCGGUUUGGACGUCCAUUGAGAAGUUUUUCUCUACCAAUGAACGUGCUUGGGUGAUGACCACUCGACUUCAACUGGCAGCUCUUAAGAAAGGCAACAACUCAAUUUCUAAAUACUAUCAUAAGGUCAAGUCCUACUCGGACUCUUUUACCGCUUCUGGACAACCUCUAAAUGACCUUGAGUACACCUACUACCUCUUGGGAGGCCUUGACUCAUCUUAUGAGUCCCUUGUUACCUCCAUUCUCACCCGUGUGGAUCUCAUGCCUGUAGAUGAGAUUUACAAUCAUCUUCUUACUCAAGAGCUGCGCUUUCAACGACAACAAUCAACCGUAGAUAUGGCGGUUAGCUCUGCCAAUGUUGCCACUCGUGGUGACUCUUCUCGUGGUCCUCCAUCUUCAAAUUCUCCCUCUCAUAACAAUUUAGCCUUAUCCUCAUGA